UCAUGCCUGAGCCUGCGAAGUCCGCGCCGAAAAAAGGUUCGAAGAAAGCCGUCACCAAGACCGCAGCAAAAGGAGGUAAGAAGCGUAGGAAGUCCAGGAAGGAGAGUUACGCAAUCUACGUGUACAAAGUCUUGAAGCAGGUCCACCCCGACACCGGAAUUUCCUCAAAGGCAAUGGGCAUCAUGAACUCUUUCGUCAACGAAAUCUUUGAGCGCAUCGCCGGUGAGUCUUCUCGUCUCGCUCACUACAACAAGCGCUCCACCAUCACAUCCAGAGAGAUCCAGACCGCCGUACGUCUGCUGCUGCCCGGUGAGUUGGCCAAACACGCCGUGUCCGAGGGUACAAAAGCCGUCACCAAAUACACCAGCUCCAAAUAAACUCCCGCUCGAAACUCUCAACUCCACAAAGGCUCUUUUAAGAGCCGCCCACUUUAUCGAAAGAAGAGCUUUUCACUUUAUUAAACCGUAACGCUUGUUUAUUUAGUACAACUUACAAUCUUAAGUGUGAUUUUUUUUUUGAGUAAUGUGCAGUAUUGACACCGAGGUUUCGAAGCUUCUAUUAAUAAAAGAAACGACCUACAGGAAAGCACUUUACCGGAGCGUGAUCGGUUUCGACGUAAUCAGGGUUUUUUUCUUUUUGUCACGCAAGUUAUAUAUGAACGUGAGCCUUGUCUAUGAAUUUGUAGGUAUAAACCUACAGUCAAAAGGCUGCGUGUGUAUAUCAAAGCAGAUGCAUACGAAAUAGUGAUGGGAAGUCCGGUUCAAACUAUAUGGGGAGUCUGCAGACUUGGAGCAGGCAGUUUUGCGCCACUGAUGAUCCUUAUUUGUCCAGUAAGGGUUCGCUGUACAUUUUGAACCACCAGAACAGACCGAAUAACAUAACUUCAUCGUCUAUCGCGAGUUUGAGGUGUGGUAAAUAAUUAUUUUUGUUGUCAAGUAAUGGUCCAACAUGCAUAGUUUUUGAACGAUUAAUUGAUAUUGGUAUGAAUUAAUUUAAACAUCUUAUAUAAAUAUGUGUAAUUUAUACUCAGACAAUACAAUUAUUACUUAUUGGCGACCAGGUCGAUGUUCUGUCUGGAUCAACCUUAGCUAACCACGUGUGUGCUAACUCGAUAUCUCUUAUUUUCAUAUUUAUUUUCUUUCUAAUUUUAUUUUAAUUUAAUUUUGUCU